AGGCAUCGCCCGUGAGCAUGCCGUCUCCGGACAACCGCAAACAAGGCCGCAACUGGCUGGAGACGAUGGUGGAACUGCCGUCGGGAAUCGGCGAGGAAGAUGUCACCACUGAACACACGCGGGGGUGCGGCGAGGGCACGCGGGAGGGGGAGGGAGAGGAGGCGCGCCCCCCCGACGGAGAGCGGCUCCCCGGGGACGGAGCCAGCUGCUCCGCGCCCGACGACCAGCACCGCAUUAGCGACGAUGAUUCGUCGAACGGGAUACGCACAUUUGGUACAGAUAAAGAUCCAGUAUCAACGGAAGGCAUUCUACGGACGGGGCGAUACUAUAAAGGAAUAUAUUGGCCUUCUCUCACAAAUAGUUUUAAGGACGAAGCAGUGGAGUCAUCAUACCAAAGGUAUUCCAGACGCCAAAGACAGAAGUCCCUCAUCAUGGUCAACGUGGUGGACCUAGCUCUCAAAAUAUCUCUCUCUAUAAUUUACACGUUAAGCAAUAGAGGAAACGCAGCAGAAUCUAUAGUAGACGCAUACCGGAUAGCAUGGACGGUGGCGUUUUCGUGGCUGAACGUGGGCGUAUGUCUGCUGGGCUGGUGGCGUUGUUUCGCCAACAACUACCUGCACUGGGCCGCCGCCGCCACCUGGAUACUGCUCAUCGCACAAGGCCUGGGCGGGCAGGGCAUCGGCUUCGACGCGCCAGAAAGCCAAGUAUGGUACAUGCUGUUCAUCGUGUUCGUGCCGUACGCGAUGCUGCCUCUGUCUCUUGGAUGGUGCAUCGUCAUCGGGGUCCUGUCUUCGGUGGCUCAUGUCCUGGCCACCGCCGUGGAGAUAAAGGAGAUUAUGGAUAAAAAUACUUUGGCGGCACAUUCCUGCGGCAUGAGACUGCUUGUCAGCAAUGCACUGUUAUACAGUGCUGUUAACUUUGCUGGCAUGUACGCUAAGUACCUCGCCGAUUGGGGCCAGAGGAAAGCAUUUCUGGAAACCCACCGAUCCAUGGUCACCAGACAAAGAACGAAGAGGGAAAGUGACCGGCAGUGGAAAUUGUUCCAAAGUGUGAUACCAGACUUUCUGGCUCGGGAAAUAUACAAUCACGUUUCUCGAGUGAGGGGUGAAUUUCAAGAGCAGCAGUUCAACAAUUUAUACAUACAGAGGCAUCAAGAUGUCUCCAUUCUUUAUGCCGAUAUCAAAGGAUUUACUGAAUUAUCAAGCAAAUGCAGUGCUCAAGAAUUAGUGAAAUUGUUAAACGAGCUUUUCGCUCGUUUUGAUCGAUUGGCGUCGGAAAACAAUUGCCUGAGGAUCAAAUUACUGGGCGACUGCUACUUCUGCGUGAGCGGUCUCCCGGAGACGCGCGAAGACCACGCGCAUUGCUGCGUUAACAUGGGGCUGCACAUGAUCCGCGCCAUACGCGACGUGCGGUACAACGCACAGGUGGACCUGGACAUGCGGAUAGGCAUCCACAGCGGGACCGUGCUGUGCGGCGUGCUGGGUCUGCUGAAGUGGCAGUUCGACCUGUGGUCGCAUGACGUCACCGUCGCCAAUCACAUGGAGAGUGGAGGACUACCUGGUCGAGUCCACAUAUCGUCGGCCACCCUGGAAUGCCUGAACGGCGCCUUCGAGGUGGAGCCGGGCGACGGCGGCUCGCGCGACCCCUACCUCAAGGAGCACGACUUCACCACCUUCCUCAUCAAGAGCUCGGAACAGCCGCGACGGACCAGAAACAGGUCAAAGGCUGGGAGCCAACAAAGCCAACAACUGUGUGAACCCUCGCGACGUCCUAGCAGCGGCAUAGACGACGAAAUGACCACCGAUUGGACGCCAGAGAUGCCUUUCCAAAACUACUACACGACAACCGCCGCGGGAGUGGUCCGCUGUAGAAAGCGGCGCGACAGUGACGAGCUCAGCCAGGAUAAAGACAACGGAGACGUGCCCUCGCUCUCUGAUGCUGAGGAGGACGACAUAAUCAACCACUCGAUCGAGGUGAGCAGCAACCGGCGCAUGCGCGUGGCGAACAUGCAGGCGUGGACAUUACACUUCAGGCGCGCGGAGCUGGAGCAAAGGUUCGCGAGACUCGACGAGCGCACCUUCAAGUCCAACGUCAUGUGCUGCCUCGUACUAUGGCUGUUCAUCGUCGCCGUGCAGUGCGUCAUGCACUUUAACUGCAUGGAGAUCGUGAUAAUCUUGGCGGCGAUGACGAUUCCACUGAGCGCUGCGUUCGUAUCAGUGAUGGCAGAAGAGUUCCCGGGCGCCUGCCCGCGCCUGGCGAGCGUAUCGGCCGCGCUCGGGGGCUCCCGCCUGCGCCGCGACAUACACAUCUGCCUGUUCGUCACCAUCAUGUCCAUCUCCAGCACAGUAAAGCUCUACGUGUGCCCUUCAUCGUUCCCGCAAAGCGUGAAUUACACGAACGAAAUCCUCAACGAGUCCAACGCGACGACUCCAACGCUCUUGUCCGAAUACCGCGAGGUGCCGGGCGAAUGCUACAGACCCGAAUAUGUGGUGUUCACUUGGAUCCUCUGCCUCGUGGCUCUGACUUCAAUCCUCAAGCUAUACUACCUCAUCAAGACCUGCCUGGCCAUCGUCAACGUGGCCAUGUACUCCGGCCUCCUGCUGUACUAUUACGACGUGUAUUACAUCAGCAGCGAAAACACUGCCACCGGAAUAGUUUAUAUCAAAGCGCCGCUCAAAUUCUACGUGCAAAUGCUGAUCCUAAUGGUGAUGUUCCUGGUGAUGGUGGUGUACCACGCGCGGCUGAUCGAGGUGACGUCACGGCUGGACUUCCUUUGGAAGCUGCAGGCCGAGACCGACCUGGACGAGAUGGAGGACACGCAGAAGACCAACAAGCAUCUGCUGAAGCAUAUCCUUCCAGAUCACGUGGUCAACCACUUUCUGAGCAAGGAGUCUGCGCCAGAUGAGCUAUACUCGCAGUGGCGCGACGAGGUGGGCGUAAUGUUCGCGGGAAUCCCGAACUUCCACGAGUUCUACUCCGAGCAGAAGGCCGUGGACUGCAUGCGGCUGCUCAACGAGAUUAUUUUUGAUUUCGACAAGUUGCUGAUGCAGCCGAGGUUCAAAAGCAUAGAGAAGAUCAAAACCAUUGGAGCCACGUAUAUGGCAGCUUCAGGAUUGAAUCCCAAUCAUAAGAACGGCGACGACGACAGCGAGCACCUGUGCGCGCUGGUGGACUACGCGUUCGCGAUCCGCGAGGCGCUCGAGGACAUCAACAAGCACAGCUUCAACAAGUUCCGCCUCCGAGUCGGCAUAAGCUGCGGGCCGCUGGUGGGCGGCGUGAUCGGCGCGCGCAAGCCGGUGUACGACAUCUGGGGCAACACCGUCAACGAGGCCUCGCGCAUGGAGAGCACCGGCCUCAUGGACCGCAUCCAGGUCACCAAGUACACCAAGCAGCUGCUAGAAGUCCGCGGCUUCGAGCUAGAAAGCCGCGGCGGGGUAGAAGUGAAAGGCAAAGGCCGCAUGCACACGUGGUGGGUAGUCCGAGGCCGCGCGGGCCGCCGCCCCGCCGCCGCGUCAGCCCCGCCGCGCUCGCUCGCCGCCAUCGUGUAUACUAUGCUACAAGCGCGCAAAAGAAUAUACACGCAUCCGCUGGACGCAGCCGCUGCUACGACUACUUCAACAAGCCGCGCGGGCAGCGUUCGCGCCGCCGGCUCCACGCGCAGCGCGCCGCGACACCGCUCCGAGCUGCGCCGCGCGCGCACGAGACACGGGCCGCACACUGGCGACAUCGAGCUGGGCAUCCGUCCUCACGCCAGCAGCAUGGUGGUGCGGCGGCCGGACAUGGCGCCGCCGCUCGUCAGCAGCAUCUCGGCGCCGCACACGCCCACCGCGCCGCACGCGCCCGCGUUACCCGCCCUGCCCGGCUUGCCCGCCGCGCAGCCGCCCAAGCUGGGGCUAGGUGCAAGACUCAAAGCGGCCAGCUUUUCCUACCGCACGCGGCCGCGAGACAAAUCUCCGAAGAUUCGCGAGCAGUAUUCCAAAGAGGGCUCCGUGAACUCCGUCGCUAACGGAGCGCCGGGCUCGUUCCGCUUCCGCUCCGUCACCACCGCGUCCUUCUUCCGCAGCCGGAACAAGGACAAGCGGAGCAAGGAACAGCUGGAUGACGAACACAAGGAAAACGGGGACGCUGUCACCACGAGGAUGUGAACUAUUUUAAUUAAAGACGAAAAUAUCUUAACAGAUACAUAUAUGACAUGAUUCUUCUAUGUACACCGAUUAAUAUUAAUGUUGCAGAGUAUGGAACGUUCCCAAAGAUAAACCUUAUAUUUUUUAUUUGAGAAUAUUUAUAUAAGAUUUGUGUUUGCACAAAAUAAUUUUAGUUUUCGAAAUGUAUUUAGAAUUAAGCACAAAAUAUGCAUUUAAUAUAUGUAGAUAAAAGUACAAUCGUAUGUACCAUGUUGUAAAUAAAUUGUAAAAUCUAUGUCGGUAAUAUAAUUACGUACUCGAUAUUAAGUUGUAUGUACUAUUUUAUUAAAGGGGAUGCAAAGGAAAACGCUAACUAAACUCUUCUAAAAGAAGACACUAUUGUAAAUAUUUUAAGCAUUUUUGGCUUUUGUCUAUUUUUAUAACAUUUCGUCGACGUUAUGUUCGACGCUGUUUAUAUUAUAUUGCUUUAUGCUUAUCUACUGUUAGAGCUUAAUGUGUUACGGUCAGAACUUGUGAACCCUUAGAUGUUAGGGACCAAAAAGAGAUGAUGAAUUAUGUUAGCGGCCUGUGCUGUGGCCGACACUCGAGAGUAUAAAGGUAAGAUUUGGCCAGUUCUGAUAGCUAUAGAUUUCAAAUAUGCAAACCAGUCUUGUAGUAGCCAAUCACCAAGGAUUGAUGCAAUCUAUUACUAUACACACGUCACAAUGACGCAAGGUGUAUAACACAGAUCCAAAUCUAUGAUUGGUGUAACUUCAGUGUCAUGCUUUUGACCGCCAAUGUAGCAACAUAUUUCCGUUGGGCGCCGCAACGCAUCGUGUGCAAUUACCUUAUCUUUGUAUAACACAUAAAUCGCACAAAGCUUCUACAGAAACUCGAAUACACAAAGAACAAUGUACAGAAUGAAUACAAGUUGUGGAUAUGAGUAUGAAAGAUAUAAUUGUAAGUAGUAUUUAGCCAAAAGUAGUAAGCGAUGCCAAAGAUAAAAUGAUCUCAAGCAUAUUUUAUCAGUGCGUGUAUAAUACGCUGUAUUUACAUUGCAUAUUGUACAUAGUAUUAUUUUCAGAUCUGGAAAGUUUAUGUGAACAUGUAAUAGUUGUUUUAAUUAUAUCAUCCGUUGUAGCGAUAAGUAAAAUAUAUACAUUAAUGUUACCAAAGCCAAAUUAUUUUAUAGGUAUUAAACUAAAGAUUUCUUCAAACUGACGUUUAUGAAAUAAAACAUGGAAUUCGAACGCA